UACAUCCACGGAGGAAAAAGACGGAAGUAAUCAAGAUGACAACUGUAAAGACAUGAAUAGUAUUCGGAAAUGUUCACUUUGUUCUGGUAAUGUGAGCCCGACUGUUAUUUAUAAUGGAAAUAGCUGAACUGAACGAGUAUGCGCAGAGAAAGCGCUUGGAGCUGAAAUAUGAGGACGUUGGAUGUGUUGGCCCCGAUCACUUAAAAACAUUUACAGUGAGAGCAGUGGUGGAUGGAAAGGCGUAUCCUGAUGGUGUGGGGAAGAACAAGAAGGAGGCCAAACAGAUGGCAGCUAAAAAUGCACUGAGAAAUUUGAUGGACAAACCAACUGACUCUGCUGGAGAGGAGAAAGACAGUGGCGUAUCAAGCCAACAAGAGGAGGGAUCAAGUCAAAAUGUGACGGACAUCAUUAAGUGGUUAAAGGGCUUGAGCGUGAGAGUCAAAGACGGAGGUUUUACAAAGAUAAAUUUCAUCGGCCUCAUCAACCACUUCUGUCAGAAAACAUUACAACCCCAUUAUUACACCUUAGUGGACAGAAGGGGCCCUCCUCACAACCCUCGGUUUUUCUUUAAAUUAGUGAUUAAUGAUAAGGACUACCCUAUUGGUGAGGGCAAGACUGUCAAGGAGGCCAAACAAAUGGCAGCAUGGCUAGCCUGGUCUGCUCUUCAAGAACAGUCUGACUGGGACAGCAAGAUAUCCUUAUGGUCGACUUCUUUGGAAGAUGAUGCACCAACUUCACUGGAGUCUCUUGCAUCGACAGAGAGCUUGUCAAUGGGAACAAAUGACUCGGGAAUAUUUUCAUUGAGGUCUUCCGAAGAUCAGCAUGGUGUCAAAGAUAUGGGAACUAGUCAGGAGAUAUCCACCCAGUCAAGCAGGUUUACCUCAGACUUUGACUCCAUAAAUCGUCUUGGCAGUGGAGGCUUUGGUCGAGUUUACAAAGCGAGACAUAAACAGUUGAAUAUGUAUUAUGCUGUAAAGAUUGUCCGCUGUGAAGAAAAAGCUUUUCGAGAGGUGGGGACAUUAUCAGACCUCCUCCACCCUAAUAUCGUCAGAUACUACACAUUUUGGAUGGAGGAUUCAGAAUACCAAUGGGACAGUUCAGCCGGCAGUCACAGCUCUAUCCAGUCUACAGAAAAUUCAUCUGCAAAGUACCUCUAUAUCCAGAUGGAGUUAUGUGAUACCAAAACACUCAGAGGGUGGAUUAAAGAGAAGAACGCUCAGCCUGUGCAAGACUCCAGGAGAAGAGAAGAAAGUCGAAGGAUGGCUCAACAAAUAGUUAGUGGAGUUGAAUAUAUUCACUCCAAGAGGCACAUCCACAGAGACCUUAAGCCUGACAACAUCCUGUUUGGACUGGGCGGAGAAGUGAAGAUCGGGGACUUCGGUCUCGUCACAAAAGAUGACAAUGAUGAUGAUGACUAUGCUUUGAUGAAGAGAUCAGGGGGAAAAGGAACCCCAUCGUACAUGGCUCCCGAACAAAUGAGGGAGAAGACCUAUGACCGAAAAGUGGACAUAUUUGCUCUGGGGUUGAUAUACAUUGAACUCCUUUGGAAAAUCUCUACUGGCCACGAAAGACGAGAGUUUCUGAUGAACGCCAGACAUCAGAAGCUUCCCAAAGGAUUUUCACUGACUUUUCCCCAAGAGAACCAAAUCAUCGAGUUAAUGCUGUGUGAGAAGCCAGAAAAGCGACCUGAAGCAAGUCAAGUCAAGACAGAGCUGGAGAAGUGGGCGCAGACAUUCAACACGCCAACUGAGUCCAUGGACUGGACUGUAUGUGAACCUGUGGUCAACACAGUGGAUGAGGUCCACACCUAUAGCCUCCAGUCUGACGCAGGUCGCUUUGAAUGCGGUGUAUCUGCCCUGCGAUGGGUUUGCGGGGAAAAAGUCAGCUUCGAAUACCAGUUCUGUUUAUGGGAGGAACACAGGGACAGGACCUCAUGCAUGAAUUACAUGCCAGCGGGACCUCUGCUGGACAUCAGAGUCACAGCUGGGAAGUUCCAGGAGGUGCAUCUGCCACAUUGGAUCUGUGUAGAUCACAAUUCCAAAAUGUCAGACAUGUUUGCAGUUAUACAUGUGGAUGCCGAUGGGGAUGUUGUGGAACAAGUGUCUGAAGUAACAGCGUCUCAUGUCAAGCUACUCCAGCCAGUCUUUUCUCCACGAGGAGCAAUGAUCCGGAAGAUGUUCGGUCGUCCUGUGAAAGUUUUCUGCGACACGUUGAUCUACAAGACAAACAAAGAAUUCCUCACAUUGGAUGUUUACCUGGUGCCACCUGAUCGUGCCCUACAACAGGAACUGGAAAAAAAACAAAGCUAUUGUGGAUCAAAAUUAAUCCCAAAACCAGGCCCAGACAAGUCUAUGAGGUUGGGAAAUCAUUUCUCCAUCACAACAGACAAGGCGGACGCAAAGAUUCAACCCAGCAAACGAGAGCUCAGAUAUGAUGGCAGAAAUGUAUUUGAGGUGUUUGUCAGAAAUGCAGACAGCGACUUCACCCUCUGGCUUGAAAGUGAGCAAAACACUGUCUGGCAAUGUACCCUUCAUAAAGGAGACUACCAAAGUCAAAGCACUGAUUAUAAACAAGGGCAGCAUUUUGUGGAUCGCUUUCGGACAGCUCUGAUUAACAGAGUGAAUGAUACAGAGGCCAUCCUGGACGAGCUCAGGGAUUUGGAGUUGAUCUCAAAUGAGAACUACGAUGCUGUGAGAGCUUUGAAGACUACACGAGACCAAAUGAGGGACAUUCACAGGAUUGUGACUGCAGCUGGCACAGAAAGCAAAGACGCAUUCUAUGAAAUCCUGAAAAGGAUGAAAAAUAUGAGGCCUCUCAUCUCUGAGCUCGAGGGAUCUGGAUAAAGGAGCGAAAUGUAAAAGCAAAGAGAAGUGCUUUGGUUUUGGACACUCAGAUUAAGCACGAUGCAAGCAUGCAACAAGCAUGAUGUUUAUAUAUUGUGAUUUUUCUUAGAUGUGUAUGGUCAUGGGGUUUUUUUCACUUGAAAUCUUACAAUGAAAGUUUUAUUUCUCAAAAUUAAAGACAAACGUGAUAUUGCACUGAUAGAAUUUGCACAAUCAUACAAAUAACAUUCAUGUUAUUUGUACAUUUCGUGACAGCCUUUUUUUUUUCCUGGAAAAGUACCUAGUGCUAUUGUUUUGUUUCAUUCUUUAAU